UAAUGCCGGUUUAUGCACAUACAUACAUAUAUAGAAACGUUACAUACAUAUAUAUGUAAAUAGUUAUAUAUUACGAUUAUGUGUGUGUGUAUUGUAUGUAUUCACACACAUGUAUGUAUUUGUCGCACCUUCAAGUGCGGCUUAAAAGCGCCGCUCAACGCAUCGCUGAAGUUAGUCUUCCUCGCGUUCAAAUCGCAUAAGCAUUAAAAUUCGGCUGAUCAACUCAUUUCGGCUUAUUUUCUUUCGUUCUUACUCUGCGUUGCAUAUCAGUGAUAAAAUGUCCAAGUUGGUAUUGUAUUACGACGAUGUCAGCCCGCCAGUACGCAGCUGCAUGAUGCUUAUCAAAUUGUUGGAGUUGGAUGUGGAAUAUAAAUAUGUAGAUUUGUUUAAGGGCGGUCAAUUGGAAAAAUCAUUCUUAGAGCUGAAUCCGAAUCACACGGUGCCCACUUUGGUUCAUGAUAAUCUGGUCAUCACCGACAGCCAUAUAAUUCUUACACACCUUUGUGAGAAAUUCGAGAAGGAUAGUGAAGACGAAAAAUUAUGGCCUUUAUCAUAUGAGGAGCGCAUACGAGUGUGGAAUAUGCUCUUUUUCGAGGGCACGGUGCUCUUCCGAAGAGAUAGUGAGUUUUUGUCCGGUAUAGUGCGCGGUGGUUUCGCAAGUGUCGAUUUAACUUUGCACGAACGCAAACUGUUGGAGGCGUAUAAUAUGAUGGAGACGUAUUUGCGACGGCACAAAUAUAUGGCAGGUGAACAUAUGACAAUUGCCGAUAUCUCCAUCGUGACCACAUUGAGUACGGUGAAUCUAAUGUUUCCGAUUGCUGCUGGCGCCGCAGAUAGAUGGCCUCUAUUGAACGAUUGGUUUGGGCGCAUGCAAGCACUGCCGGUAUAUCACAUUAAUCAGACGGGACUGGAAAAACUUUGUGUUGUCAUCGAACGAUUUGGUAAAUUUAAAUUUCCGAAUAGCGUGACUGCGGCGCCAGAGGUGACGCAGCAGCGAGAAGAAGCCGCUAGUGAAGAGGCAAACACUGAGAGCCAAGAAAAUGCUGCUGAAAAAUCAAAUUAUAAUCGUUCCACGAAAAUGUUUGCCAAUAACAGUAAUUAUAAUGUGCGUCCAAUUUUGUACUACGACGACAUAAAUCCGCAUUCGCGUGCCGUUCUAAUGAUUUUGAAUAUGUUGGAUGUCGACAUUGAGCUGCGCGCCGUCGAGAUGAUCAAAGGUGAACACUUGAAACCGGCCUAUGCGAAAAUCAAUCCAGCACUCACCGUACCCACUAUGGUGCACAAGGAUCUCAUCAUCACCGGCAAUGCGAUAUUCUCUUAUGUUUGUGAGAAUAAUGACAACGAAAAGGCAAAUCAAUUGAUUGCUUUGAAAUGUUACAAGCGGCAUUGUUGCGUGUUGUCUCGCCUAUUCUUCGAGAGUCAAGUAUUGCAUCGUAUACAUGGACAUUUGAUGACGGAUUUAGUGCGAAAAACCAUUUAUCAAACAGAUGUGGAUUAUCAUCAAAAAAAGGUGGAACAUGCCUAUGAUGUAAUGGAAGCGUAUCUGAGCGAUAGCCAGUUCAUGGCGGGAUCUGUGUUAACUGCCGCCGACAUUUCCUUUGUCGCUUGUCUUGGUGCCUUGGACAUGAUGUUUCCGAUAGAUGGCGAUCGCAAAAGAUGGGAGAAAUUGAAUGAUUGGUAUAGGCGCAUGCGCUCACUAUCGAUACAGAAAAUCAACGAGUUCGGCAUUGAGAAGCAACGUCAAAUUGUCGAAUAUUUUGCAAAAUUCCAAUUCAAAUCAGAUAUAAAACGUUUUACCACCGGCUUGCGCGAAUCUCAAAUACCAGGCUUUCCGUCACGUCCGGAUCGUUGUAGCGUUAGCAUACAAACCGUCAGUGGAGCAGAACCGACACUUGAUAUUUUGAGCAUAAAAAAUAAUAUCGGUAAAAUAACGUAUUUAGAAGAACAACCUGCAAUGGAAGUUACUGACGAGAGAAAUGUAACAAUGCAACCAAAUACGCUGACAGAGGGCGUGGCUCCAAAAAUUGUUAAUGAAAUCAAUAAAAUUGCCAAAACGAAAAUUAACCAAAUAUUGAAUGAAGAACUUGAGAAGGAGCUAGCACGAUUUUCGGAACCUAAUGUCUUGCCUCCGCCAAUACCUGAGGAACCAAAUCCAUCGAAAACAUCUGUUACUGUUUUGAAUGACAUGGAAAAAUUGAGUGCCUUCUCUGAAACGCCAAAAGAUGAGAAACCCAUUUUGACAGAUAGAAGUUUAGGCGGUGCGCAUAAGGAGAGACCACCAGUGCCACCCAGGCGUAAACGAUAUUUGCCAUCGAAGGUAGAAAAUUCGCAAGAUUUAACUAAUAUCGCGGAAAAUGUACAAAAACCCGAUGCAACUGAAGCAUCUGAGGAUACAAUGAAAGCUUUUGAGAAUAAUGAUUUAAUGAACCACAGCCAGGCACACAAGUUAAAUCGUUUAAAUGGUGGGGUUGAGUCAACAAUUCUUCUGGGAAAUAUUGAAGAAAAUGAAAUUAUAUUACAACCGCCAGCAGCUGACCCAUUAAAACCAAGUAUUAAUUCGAACGACACCAAAAAGGUCUCACCGAAAACUUCGGAAACCAUACAAAUGGAAAUAAUAAAUGGUAUGAACUCCAAUAUCGGAAACCUGUCUGAAGCUUCUCCAUUGAUAGCCGCUUGUAAUUCGAGGGAGCCCUAUAAGGUGUCGCAGAAACCCAUAACUGCCACAAAAUCCAACAGCCGUGCAAAAAAUCACGCCACUACGAAAUUGAAACCAACAGACACUCUACUACCAGAGGGUCUACCGAUUAAUGGUCAACAAGCAGCUCUGAGUUAUACUCGUGGUGUCGUCGCGCCCAAUUUACUGUUACCUGCACCACCACCAUCACCAGAAAAUUACUCACAAGAUGAAGAAUUUCCCCCACCACCAUCGGAAUUAUUAAUACCAAAAACAAAUCCGCGAGCAAAGACAACACCUACCACAAGGUUGGUAAAUUGCAAACCAACGGCUGAACCAAACGAACGGUUGGGCAAGAAAAAAAGUGUGAAGCCCAAAACCGACGUUGCCGUCGAAAGCACAGUGAAGCUUUUACGUAAGAAAUCAGGUGAUUUGAGGUCAUUACCGGGAAGAAAAUCUCUCGCGCCAGAAUCUAAAGUUUGCAAACUCACACAGAAAUUGAAUAGCGGUGGAUUAUUUGCAAGUGGCACGAGAUCGCCUUGUUCUAAUCGUUCUCAAGGGUCCAUUGUUCCAGCUCGUUGUAAAAAAGUGCCAAAUACGUCAAAUGUAUCAAAAGCCAUACAAAAUUUAACAGCGAACACAAAGCUUUUCCCGAAUGCUAAACGUCUAGAUAAAAAAAUUCAAAAAUUGAAAAGCGAUUCGGUAGGAACGAUGGUCGAAAGUUCUGAUUCAUCGACAAAUAUCAUACAAAAACUUAUUCGUCACUCGUCCAAAUUUAGUGCAACAAACCAAUUAAAAGUCCCUAAUAUAGGAAAUCAGCUAAGAGUUGAAGGAGGCGGUCACGACACUCCUUCACUAGCGGCUGAAGGCCAAAAUGAAUUCCAACAGCCAACAGUUAUCGUAGUGAAAUCAAAAACAAUGAUGAAAAUGGGAAACGAGCAUAGAUAUGAAGAGCGCUGGCAACAGAAACCUCCAAAGUCACCCAAACCAAGACCAAAAAAUCCAUCGAAUCUAGUUAACAAAGAAAUGAAGCCAGCAAGUCAAAAUUUUGUAGCGAGAAGUAAACAGAAAACAUAUCCAACUCCGACACGAUUUCAAACAAAAAAUUUCAAAACUGUGGGAAGUCCUCAGCCAACAAAAUUCUUUGAUACUAGUCCAUCUAAACCUGGACAGAGUUUCAAUAUGCAACAGCCCAAACUAGUUGUAGAGAAGAAACCCACAACUAAAAACAAAAAGAAAAGAGGUACGAAAGCACACAACGAUAAUAUGGCCAACAGAACACCACCUCCUAUGGACGAAGCUUUGGCCACUCCAACGUCAUUACUAGGCACAAAUGCAACCCUACAGUACGCGCCUGAACAUGCAACACCACAAUCCGCAGUAGGUACUGUUAGUAGCACUUUGAAAACGCUAACUGAAACUAUUCAUAUCUCCCCAAAACUAACAUCCCCGCCAACUAGUAGUUCAGAUGACACCAUUACUGCAGAUGUGCCAGUAAAAGUGGGCUUGGUGGCCAAGGCACUACAAACACUGAAUGUUGCAAACUCGAAUUUUCGACCACCGUCCUAUAACAUCAGUAAAGAACUAACUUCAGCGACUCCUCCACUUCCUCCACCAGCGUCCUAUAAUAUAAGUAAAGAACUAACUUCAUCGAUUCCUUUACUUCCACCACAACCAUCCAAUAAUAUCAGUAAAGCGACUCCUCCACUACCUCCAACACCGUCCUAUAAUAUUAGUAAAGAACUAACUUCAGCGACUCCUCCACAUCCUCCACUACCGCCGCCAAAUCAUCAGCAUAUAGCUGCACCUACACCACAAUCAUUGCCGGUUAAAGAUGUUCUACCACUGGCUGGUACGGUGGCAAAGGCGCUACAGUCUUUAAGCGCCGUUACUUCGGAAGCUAAUCCGUUAUGCGGCUCAGUUAAACCAUUUCGGAAAGCUGACUUAAAGAUGAAAUUUAUGGAAUCAGCAAGAACUUCAGAAGUAACAGAUAGAGCUUUAAACAAAAAUAUUACUAGUAAUGCCGAUGAAAAAAUUGAUGCGAGACCUUUAGCCGAAAUACUCACAGCAACCGUAAAGCAAGUCAACAAAGAAAGUUCCGAUGAUACUAAAUCAACCACACUGUCCGAUGGGAUUAAGGAAAUGUUAUUAAAAAUGCGAACACUGCCAGAUAAGGAUGGGACGCCAGUUGUUAUAGUAAAUAGCAUGACGGAAAGUACAAAACCUUUUCAAAGCACACUCAUAACACCUUCAACGAGCGUUAUUACUGGUCUUGAGAAUUCAGCAGAUAAAAUGAUUGUAGAAUCCGAGUCGAACAAUGCGCUAUUAACAGCGCAGCAAUCGUUGAAUAUGGAAAAUAUGGCUGAAUCCGUAGUACCGCAGAUGCUAUGUGAACCCGUACAAGCAUUGGUACCAACCAAGAAAGUAUCAAUCGCCGAGCCAUACGAUAUGGCAAAAUCGUACCCCUCAUGGGCUGCACACACCGAAGCCAGCAUUUUAUCUGCAAGUGAUGUUAAAUCAUCCAAAGAAGAAAAGAAUAAGCUUGAAGCAUCCAAAAGCAAACGUUAUGUUAUAGACAGAACCAUGAUAAAUGAUGGUAUUAUAGAUAUGGAACCUACACCACUACCGGGUCAGCCGAAUAUUAUUAUCACUGGUUAUACGCCCAUGGAACCGAAAAACGUCGCCCCUUUGUUUGUUGGCACAAGUCGUCCGUUAGGUAAUAUGAUAGCACCCGCACUACGACGACCCACAAACAGUCCACGUACUCAUGGUCCCUCCGCAAAUGUGGUGAUUUCUACUUUCGGCUACACACCAAUGUCUGAUUUAGAUACCAUUCCGGAACAUCUUAUACAUAUGCUUAAUAAGCCGAUAUUUAUUGAACAGCAAACAGCACCGCCUACACCAGUUUUGAGUGCAGCAGCUGCACCAGUAACAACAGUUGGAGAAGAGCGCACACAUGUUCCACGUCGGAAAGGAGAUAGACCGUAUCCGACAGCACAUAGAAGUGGUAGCCAGCGGAGGACCGAUCAAAGUAUCAAUAUUAGAGGGCGUGUUAUGUGAUCGAUUAUUGCCAGCUUUCAAAAUCAUUACUAACGGUAACGUAGUUUGUGGAUCAGUGAAAUAUAUGAGAAGGCAUUUUUAUAUAAGAUAUUAGUAUUUUGGGUUGUUUUUUCUUAUUGUUUAGAAUAUAAACCAAAUCUAACAAUAGCUAUUGUUAUAUUAUGAUGUAAUUAUUGUGCAAUAAAACUGCUAAAAAUAAAGUAAUCAAUGUGAAACA